AUGGCUACUGCUACUGCAGCAGCAGCAGCAGCAGAAACGCUGUAUGCCUCCCACUACAACGGCUCCGUCUACGCCUUGUCCCUACAAAACACCUCCCUCUCUGUGACCGCUGAACUGCGCACCUGUGGCUCCAUGCCCAGCUGGUUAACCCUCGACGCGAGAACAGAAACCCUCUACUGCGCCGAUGAGAGCGGAAGUCUCGCGCAGGGGACCAAUGGAUCGCUGACUGCUCUCUCGGUGAACCCGUUGGCUGAGAUGGUCAAGACAGAGACUCUCCCGGGUGGUGUAGCCAGUCUCAUCUACGACGACCGCAUCGCAAUUGCUCAUUAUGAGGGAUCUGCCGUGUCAACUUUCUCCCUCCCAUUACUUCCCUCCUCCUCCUCCUACCAAUCCUUCACGUACGAACUUGCGACCCCCCUCUUCGAUCCGGUCAGACAGGACGCACCACACCCGCACGACGUCCUUUUCGAUCCAUCGGGGGAGUUCCUUCUCGUUCCUGAUCUGGGAGCGGACGUGAUUCAUCUGUUCAGAAGGGCGGAGGAGCGCCUGGAAGCCUGUCCGGAUCUUCCUGUCCGAAGGGGAGAUGGACCCCGCCACGCUACGUUCUCAAGAGGGUAUCUAUAUGUUUCGAAUGAGCUGGGGCGGACAGUAAGCGUUUAUGCUGUCCACUACGGAGAUUGUCUGUCCAUACAAUUGAUUCAAGAAAUAACCCCGUACCCGACUGCCUUACCUUCGGGCGCUACCCCGGCUGAAAUCAGAGCGCGGGAGGGGAAAAUCUACGUUUCUAUACGCAGCGACGCGGCGUUUGCCUCCAUGGACUCAAUCGUUACUCUGUCCGGCGAUGACCGUGGAUUGUUGAGCUUUACUGCGAUGACUUCUUCGGGGGGGACCGUCCCGCGUACGUUUGAUAUCAAUAAAGAGGGGAACCUGCUGGCCGUGGGAAAUCAAGCGAGUAGCUGCGUGGCUAUUCUGGAGAGAAAUGUGCAAACCGGUGAGCUGGGAGAUGUUCUUGCUUCGAUACAGGUUGGGCCGGAGGGUGUUGCAGGGACGUCGACUGGUCUGAGUAGUGUCAUUUGGGGAAUCAACAAGAUAUAG